UAUUUUAAAUUUAGAGAAUCAGCUAAUAUGCCAGCACCAGCGAAUUUGAAUAUAAGUAAUGAACUGAGCAGGAACGAGUAUCGCUUAGCAAGGAUCUACAUAGUUGCUGCCGCAAUGACUUUAAUUGCACUGGGUCAACUGACGGCGUUCCGAAUAGUUGAUAUGACCGAAUGUGUGCCAAUGCCGAGCUUUAUGUGGCUGGUGAUCGCAAUGGUGUGCAAGUGCUUGUUGAUCUUUAUGGAGCUGUUUGACAAGUUUCCCGUCAACUGGACGCUGGGCUUUGUCGCCGUGGAGUCCAUGACGUUAUGCGUUGGAAGCUAUUAUUGGCCCAAAAUGGAACGGUUCCAUACAGUCAUUGUCGUGUUUAUCGUUAUUGGGACUAACUUCUGUUUGUAUCUUAUGGGCACAUUUCUGCCUGUCUUCAUUCUGCCCAGCUAUAAUUUUAUGCUGGUGUUAACAAUUGUCUUUGUCAUUGUCUAUAUAUUUCUGAUCAUAUUGUUGCAUUCAUUGAGCAUGCGAAUGAUCUUUGUACUCGCAAUUGAAAUAUGGACUAUAUUGUACUUGAUACCCCUGAUGCUUUAUGCAAGCACCCUAAUACAGCAGCGCCGCCUAGUUAAUAUGAUGUCUCAGGAAUAUAUGCUGUCUGCAACAAUUAUAACUACAAUGUUUCUUUAUAUGUUGCAUGUAGUUACCUCUAUUGUGCUGGAAGGGGUAAAGGGAACAUUAAGUUAAAUAAAUAAAUUGAAUAUUAAA